AUGGUGAGAGAUUGUCCUAUGUUUGGGCAACAAAAAGGGAAUAGGCCAACUGCUAGUUCAGCCGGUUCCACUCCUGCAACAAAGACCCCGGCAAGGCCUACUAUUUCUAGAGACAAUGUUAGGCAAGGGAGAGUCUUUGCUCUUGUUCCGGUUGAGGUCCAAAAUUCAGACGUUGUGGUUUCAGGUAUACUUUCCAUCAAUGGCCAACCUGCUCAUGUGCUACUUGAAUUGGGUUCCACUCAUUCCUUUGUUUCAAAAACAUUUGCUCCUAAUUUGAAUAGAUCUAUGAAACCCUUGAAUUAUGUGUUGUGCGUGUCUCUCCCAUUUGGGGAUUAUAUGUUAUGUGCUUCUAUGUAUUCUGCAUCUAAGUAUCAUGCAACCAUCGAUUGUGUGUCUAAGCAAGUUGUGUUUUGCCCAUCGGGUCAAGAGAUUGCUGAGAUGGGUGUUGAAAAUAUUCAUAUUGUUAGUGAGUUUCCGGAUGUAUUUCUCGAAGAAUUGCCAGGGGACUUGAUAGAUUGUGAGAUUGAAUUAGUCAUUGAUAUUGUACCGAGUACUCAACCGAUUUCCAAGGCUCCAUACAUAAUGUCUCCGGUAGAAAUAAAAGAAUUGAAAAUACAAUUGCAAGAAUUGCUUGACAAAGGGUUCAUCUAA